AAAAGAGACACGUCGGAAUGGAUAUAAAUAUGUCAGAGGUAACACAUGUCGGCACCGCACAUUCACAUGUGUCUCAAGUUCUCAACCAUAUGAAGUUUAGAUUGUUUGGAAGAUCCUACUGACUACAAGCAGGUCAUAAAAAAUGGCGGAAGGUGGGUACUGGCACGAUGAAUCAGGACCUGAAUAUGUGAUACGUCGCAGCGGGAUUUACAGUCAACAUUCUCAGGUUCAGUGGGAAAAUGCUUCAGUGGAGAUGUGCAAUGUGAUGACCUGGCUGGGGUUCGGGCCCCACAUCAGAAAGGCACGGAGAGACUUCUAUAUGGAGAAUAAUAUGCUGCUAAAUGCGCAGCAUCUAGGUAAGGUAAAGAUGAUCACUACGGGUAGCAAAGCUGAGGGGCUAACGUGCCUUUAUGAGAGUGACGUGGACAAUAUGUAUGUAAAGGAGGAUGUCAUGUGUUUAGAAGACGGUUUGUCUGGUGAUAUGUUACCAAAGGAGACUACUUUGUUUACAUUAAACACCGGUAGCUGCUACCACGGGCAUUGUUGGCUAUUACUAAAGCGACGUGGUACAGCGUUUAACCAAACUCUGAGCAAUGCUCUGUGCGACGAUGAAAAUGGACGCUCUUUUCUGAACAGUGACGUGUAUGUUACUGUGCUAAAUAGCACCACACCUACGUCAGACGAGGUGCGUCAUUCACGUGCAGGACCAUCAAUGCCGACGUCAAUUGGUGCAUACCAUCAAGACAGAGUACUUUCUUUUGCCUGUGACUGCCCUAGCAUACUUCAAAAAUGGGCUGAACGACGUCGUAAUUGGCCAGCGCCGGAUAUCGUUCAGAAAGUUGUAUCAUUGAGAGCAUUCGUCACUCCAGUUGGAUACAAAGGGAGUGAAAACAGAGCUGUCGAGUGGAGAAUAGGCUUUAAUACGGGGGAGAACGAACUUGUGAGCAGUCUUAAUAACACUCAGGUUUACAUAUAUGUUAUAUUAAAAAUGGUGGUUAAGGAUAUAUUAAAGCCAAUCAACAAGGAAAUUACAUCUUACACCGUAAAAAAUUUAGUUUUUUGGCUUGCGGAGAACAAUCAUCAAGAAUUGUUUACUGAAAGGAAUUUAUUUCACUGGCUUUGUGAAGGAUUGAAAGAACUAAGAACUGCUUUAUCAACGACAAAACUUUCAUAUUAUAUGAUACCAGAAAGAAACCUUAUGGACUCGUGUGGUAUGAAUGAAAAACAACAACGAACUUGGGUAGCAAUAAUAAACGAAUUGAUGAACGAAGGUCCACUACUCGUACUCAAAUUGCCGAAGAUAAGGCAAGCAAUAGUAUCGCACCCAGUGUCUUUGUUCUGGUACGGCCAGAGGAGAUUUGAGCUCGAACUGUUGAUGCUGAAAUGCAUGAACCGACUCGAACAGUGCAAGGCUGCGGAUGGUAUUUCUAAUACAUCGGAUAGUAUGUUGAACUCGAUACUUACACGUAUAGACCAGAUUGUAAGAGAGGUCCGUCAGAGGAUGAUUGAAGAAGGAAGUUGUGUGAAUGAACUGAUGGAGAUUCAUAAUAGGAUACUUAUGUAAUGAACUAAUGCGUGCUUUGUUUAAUUUACCAAAGCAAAUAAAUCUAUUAUUGAGCCCAUAUACCUGAACAUUUGUUAAAUGAAAUUGAUGAUUUUAAUGUAUUUUUUUGUCAAGAUGAGUGGUUUAAAUAUAUGUAUAUGUUAUUAUUUAAUAAGUUGUAUGCAUAUCCCAAAAUCAAAAUAUCUUCAAAUGGACACAUUUAUUGUUUGUGUAUACUGUCGAUUCCAAUGAAUUAGCUAAUUCCUAAAUGUAUAUAUGUAAUUUGUUAUCGUUCUGUAUAGCUAACGAUAGAACAAGUACAAAAAUAUUUAAAAACAUAUUAAAGGUUCAUAUUAAAGAUAUUCUCCCAUAAAUGCAGACAUGUAUGGUAACCAUGCAUAGUUCCACUUUUCAAGCAGAAUUACUAACAAUGUAAAUAUGAUGAAGAUGUUUAUUAAUACGUAUACAGUAUGUUCUUAAACUUACUUUUCCUAUUCCCGACUUCAGAUGAAUUCCAAAUUCAAGGGAUCUUUUCACGGUUUGGUAAAUUGACAAAAUUGAAAAAAGUUGUUUCAGAUUCGCACAUUUUCGUUUUAGUUAUGAUAUUUGUGAGGAAACAGUAUUACUGAACAUUUACCAUGGUCUAAUAUAGCCAUUAUAUGCAUCUUUUGACAAUUUAAAAACCUAAAAAUUAUAAAGCGUUGCAACGCGAAACGAUUGAAUAAUUUGGAGAGUUCUGUUGUUGUCGUUAAAUUGUGUGAAACUACAAAGAUCGCUCAUAUAAUGCAUAAAAUACUUUAACCAAGUAUGCUAGGCAGAAUAGCCGAGCGGGCUGAUGCGUUUUUACUCCAGGACUCCGGGAGUCACUGGUUCGAGUCCAGCUGCGGCUACUUUUGUUUCCCUAUUUUAAAUUUUAUUCUUGAUUUUUUAUUAGAGCUUUUAAGAUCCAGUGUUUACAUUUAUCAAUAUAAAGCAUUUAAUGACUUAUUUCAAAACAUGCCAAAACUGUGAAAAGGCCCCUUUAAGCUUUUUUUAAUCAGAACGUCCACUUGAAUGCUGAAUCUUUAUAAACGCACUAUGAGGUCUAAGUGUUAUGUUAAACAAAUGCUAUGCAUUAUUGGUUAUUGUGUUGAUUUGUUUGUUCGUUGUUAUGUCAAGAAAGCUCAAAUUUCAGAAAGUUUAAAUUGGUGUUGAUAACGCAUAAAAAACAAUCACAUACAGAUACAUAUGCAUGUUUUCAUUACUGUAUGCAUUUGUUUAAUAACACAAAUCUGAAAAAGAAAUAUCCGACGGUUUAUAUUUAUAACGUGUAAUAUACACAACUAUGCUAGGAAAUUUAUGAUGCAUUUCAUUUCUUGUGCGCAUGAGCGACAGUAAAUGAUACUAAUCUGCGCAAUGCUGAUUUCAUGCAAUCUACCUGCUCAGUAUAUUGCACUAUGCUGCGUUUUACACGAAAAUGGACGUCAAUUGUGUUAAAUUUAUUAUUAAAAGCCGGAACCAUGGGGUCUUUAACCAAAUUGUUUGUAAAUAAUGAAUGUACUCUAAGUCAUAUAUGAUAAAUUAUUCUUAUUGAAUAAUUUCUUUGCAGAUACGACCAUGCCUUAUAUUGCUUAAAACUUGCGUCGCAAUAUGAAUCGUAACAUGGUGCCCCUUUGAUGCUUUUCAUCAACUGCUUUCUUGUAAUGUCUUUUAGUAAGAUGCAUUAUUCACCCCUGGAUGAAUGGCUAUGCCUGUCGCUUCAUUAAGAUGAUGGAUGCUUCAAUGUUGUGUUGAUCAAGUCCCAGUUUGAUCAUGUCUGUUUUCGGCGCAGUCAAAAUUACUUUGUUGAAACUGAGGGUCAAGUUUAUGCGCAAUGCCUCCCAGCCUGUUCGUAAAUCUAUCGGCAGCGUGUUAGUAGACAAGACAGUCUGUAGGGUACAUGAUGAUAUCGGACUAUUUCUUUCUCUGAGUAAAAUAAUAUGAUAUGCAAAAUGAUUGUUUAGAUCUCAGAGAGUGGUUUUCAAAUAUACAUGGUUAUGACUUUUUUGUAUAAAAAGCAUACUAUUAUGUUUUUGCAUCUUUUCAUUUUAGAUAAUGUUAAGAUCAACCACAAAUCAAUCUACAAACAAAUCAUUCACAUUUCACGUGCUAUUGAUAUUUAUUGUGAUUUUAAAAAGAAAGACGACAAAAUUACAUUUACCGAAUGUUGAGCCAGUGUUUACUUGACCUCCGUUUUUUAUAACACCUUCGUGUAUUGUGAUGUUGACUGUUUUGGGCGUGGUUGGUUACAAGUUUUUAUUUAGGUGUGUUAGGGUACGACCCCAUGCAUCAGAGUUACAUUAAGUUAAGCUCUGAUUGAAGGAAAAAUUACUUUUCUGUUGGCUGUCAUGGUAAAAUUGGUUCACACCCCGUAGUAUUGUCAUAAUGGUCAGGGCAACCGUGAUUAACCCCUUUAAUAACUACAUUUGCUUUAAAAACAUGCAACAAUAAAAGCGGUUGAACACUUAUCAGUUUAUCGAAUAACAAGGGUGCAAGUCCUUACUAUGUGGGGUGACCUGUAAACCACAUUAUACACACAUAGCCAUCUGAGAAAUAAAUACCUCUCAUUAAAACGGUGUUUCAUCGUUAUUUCUCAAUAAACCGAUACAAGGAAAAUGACCACUCCACUUCUUUUAAGGGAGACAAUAAGAACACCAUUUUGCAAAGAUCUUCCAAUAGAGUCAAGGCGAAUUGUUUUAACUCAACUCUUUUAUAUUUAAAAUGCUUUAAAGUAAAAUUCAAGAUAUUCACUAAAAGAAAAAGAAUACAAUAAUGGUCUCGCCCCAUGGCGGAUACGUUUUUUAAAUAGAGCAAGUUUGGUGAAGGUGUGUUUGCAGUCAGGUGAUAUAAUAACGCGAAACAUAUUUGAUAUUGAAUAUCUUUGGUAGUUGAAGAUGUUUAUGUAACAGUUUAUUGUUUAUACAAUAGACAAUUAUCCAUGAGUAUACCGCACAUAAUUGAUAUAACAAAGGAGUGGUCAAGUGACUAGUAUAGUGUAUACAAAUUAAAUAGACUACAUUUUCAUAUACAAACACAAAAAAAUGCUAGAUGUAUAUCCUUGUUUUCAUGAUAAAUCUACAAAAAUGUUAAUGUAUGAAUGUGGUCCAAUUGAUAAUAAUAAUAAGAUUAAACAAGUUUAAAAGCUUUGUUCAAGUAUAAUACAAGAUUGUCAUUCGUUCGAACAUUUUCGGAUUUCAUUAAUUCAACAAAUUUAAACACAUUUGGCUUUUUCCAAGAGUAGUUAUCAAUGUAAAACUUUCAUAUUUCUGUAUAUAUUUUACAGUUUACAUUCAAUUACAAAGUGAUACUCAUCUUCGAGCAUAUAGAUUAAUAUUACUUUAUUCUUUUAAAUGGUUAUAAAUCAUUAAGAUUUUUUUUCAUAUGUAACAUAACGGUAUAUAAAUUUAAGUACAGAUAGAUUUAAUAAUAGGGAAAUAUUUUAAUAAUAUGUUUGAGUAUUUAACGUUGCUGUAUGUUGCGGGUAUUUAGGAAUUAACAUAACAGAUGUCAGUACGGAAGGGACAUGUAAUGAAGUUUGAAAAAUUGAUUAUGGAAGUAUGGUUUCAUUUCUCCAAUGUAGUUCAAUUAUCGGGAACAUUCGGCUCGUACAUAACAAGCCCCAAUUCAGAUAUAGUAUAUAAUGAAAUUUAAAUAAUUGAAAUAUCCAAUUUCCCAAUGAACAUAACCAAUGUAAGUUCGGAUUGAGUGUGUAUCUUAUGGGUAUCGGGGUUUACGUAAUCGAUUAUAGGAGUGUUAGGUUUCACACUACUAAUGUGGUUUGUCCAUAGAGAGCAUCUGUUUGUAUGAUCAAGUAUGCAAAUGAAAUGAGGUCUCCUGUUCCCAAAGUGAUAAUUGUAUAUUGCACUCUUCUGCUGUGACAUGUGGUAGGUGUAUAAGCGAUCCUUCCAAUCAACAAGGCUUAUUCGAAGGGGUGGGUUUAGAAAAUCGGGGUAAGAGAACAGUUAACCAACCAAGAGUGAGAUAGGAAAUAUCUAAAUUUUAUGUUCAUGUACCUUGGAAUAAAAUGCUGUGUUUUGUUGUAAGAAAGACAAUUGGAGAGCUAGUUUGACAAUCGAGUAGAGUAGUCACGCUUUCUUGACGUGGUGGCCAUGUCGGCCACCGCGAUGUAAAAUUGUAUUUCAUGAACAUUAGCAAGCGUUGUGUUAGAGAA